AUGUCCGAAAAUGUCCGAAAGUAUAGAGUAGUACAACAAGAUUUAGAAUUUUAUGUCUUCGUCGGAGGUAAAACAGAAUCUCUCAGAAGUGGCAAGAAGAAUGGCAAAAAUUAUGUUGAAAGGUGUCCAGAUGUCUCUCAUUACAAUCGCAAAGCAUAUAGCCU